GUCGGGAUCCGCCCAAUCGUCUAGGUGCAGUUGUCCACUAACAUCGGCACUCUUCUAAAGCCUGCGCCAUGCUUUGGGCCCUAUCACUUAUAGCGUUUGUGGGCGCGCAAACAAUCCCCACAGUGACGGUGUGCCCACCCGGAUCACAAACGGUCUUCCUCCUACAACAUAAUGCGACCAUUGGAAAACAAAUACGAGCGAUACCUACGGCUAGUAUGUCCGAUUGUUCGGAACAUUGCGCAGUAUCAAAUGACUGCGUUGGAGUAGAAUUUCUCAACGGUAACUGCAAAAUCUUCGCAGCUGGUAAAGAUGCUCCUACACCUAAUUCGAAAAUCCUCACGAAAAAUUGUGUAAAGAGUGAACGAGUCUGUUCUUCUCCGUUCCACUUUGAUAUGUUCGAACAGAAGAUUCUUGUCGGUUUUGCACGAGAGGUCGUUCCCGCUGAGGACAUUCAGGUGUGCAUGAGUGCUUGCUUGAAUUCUUUCGACACAUUUGGCUUCGAAUGUGAGUCCGCCAUGUUCUACCCAGUGGAUCAAGAAUGUAUUCUCAACACCGAGGAUCGCCUUGACAGGCCAGAUCUUUUCGCUGAUGAAGUCGAGGACAGCGUCAUCUACAUGGACAACAACUGCGCUGGCUCUCAAUGUUACGCCCCCUACAUAACCCAGUACAUCGCUGUCGAAGGAAAACAACUUGAAAACGAACUUGAUCGCAUCAUUAACGUCGAUGUGGACUCCUGCCAAAGCCUUUGCACUCAGCGAUUGUCACUAACGGUAAAUGACUUUAACUGCAAGUCAUUCAUGUACAACAAUCAAUCUCGAACUUGCAUCCUUUCGGAUGAAAGAUCCAAGCCGCUUGGACGUGGAACUCUCGUCAAGACGGAGGGAUUCACAUACUACGAGAAAAAAUGCUUUGCUUCGCCAAACACCUGCCGUAACAUGCCCUCGUUCACUCGUGUGCCUCAGAUGAUCCUUGUCGGCUUCGCUGCUUUUGUGAUGGAGAACGUACCGUCCGUGACGAUGUGCCUCGAUCAGUGCACGAACCCUCCACCAGAGACUGGCGAUAAGUUCGAGUGCAAGUCAGUGAUGUAUUACUACAACGAACAAGAAUGUAUACUGAAUGCCGAGACUCGUCACACAAAGCCAGAUCUCUUCAUUCCAGAAGGAGACGAGUUUUCUGUAGACUACUUUGACAUCACUUGUCAUCUACAAAAGGAGAAAUGUCCUGCUGGAACCCAUCUCAAGGCCGUGAGAACAAUCAAUGCAGCUCUUCCAGAAGGUGAAGGUGAUCUACAUGUGCUAAAGUCAGCUGGCAAAGGAGUGAAGGGAUGCAUGAAGAAGUGUGCCGAUACUGCCCCAGAAAAAUGCCGUUCAUUCAAUUACGACAAGCGAACUGGCACUUGUAACCUUCUUUAUCUUGACGGCAAAAGCACACUUCGCCCACAAAUUCGUCAAGGCACUGACCUUUACGACAUGCACUGUCUAGCAGUGGAAGCUGAUUGUUCGAUCAACAAAGACGAUGCGCUGUUCUCGAGAUAUCUACACACAAAACAACGUGGAAUCGCAAGCAAGACAUACAAGGUCGUUUCACUGAAUUCCUGCCUUGAAGUGUGCGCUGGCAAUCCCACAUGUGCUGGUGUCAACUAUAACCGCCAUGUCGGCCAAUGCGACAUGUUCGACGCCAUUGAUGGAGACGCUGACGUCAACGAGCACGUGGACUUCUAUAAGAACCUCUGUGUUAUCAAGGAAACCGAUAGUGGAGUAUCAGCUGCUGCCAAUGUUCCACCUCAAACCCAUCGCAUGUCUGGUACCGUCACCAACAAAAAAGACGCUCGCGGCGAAUUGCUUGCGGCAAAGAAGGUCCCCAAACCAUCGAUUCGUGAACAUGAGCAUCGACGUAAGCCAGAAGCUACAAUGGCCAUUGGUCCUCCCGUUUCCAUACCCGCUGAAGCUAUAAAGACAAUCUGCAACUAUGAAGGAAUCAAGGUUCAAAUUGGAAACGGAGUUCCAUUCAGUGGUGUUAUCUUUGUCAAGAAUAAGUACGACACUUGCCGAGUUGAGGUUGCCAAUUCCAACUCCGCAACACUUGUAUUGGGACUGCCCAAAGACUUUGGAAUGAGGCCAAUCUCGUUGGAUGGAAUGGAAGAGAGUACAACUAAUCCUGGAGGCAAGUCUACUGAGAAGUCUACUGAGAAGGUGGAAUUGGUGAAGGAUGACCAAGACUUCCGCCACAAGCGCCAGGUUGAAAGCCGUGACUGUGGCUUAGUUGAUAUGCUGAAUGGCACCUAUAAGACGACUGUAGUCAUCCAAACAAAUAAUCUCGGAAUCCCUGGUCUUGUCACUUCAAUGGAUCAGCUGUAUGAGGUCUCCUGCGACUAUUCAAGCAUGCUUGGAGGAAAGAUUCAAGCCGGCUACAACAUGACCGUCGUAGGACCCGAAGCCAAUCUCAUCCAGCCGCGAGGAAAGAUUGAGCUGGGCAACCCAGUCUUUAUGCAGCUGGUUAGCGGUGAAGGAGAACAACCAGUUGUCCAGGCUAAACUUGGCGAUAUUCUUGAACUUCGUUGGGAGAUCAUGGCUAUGGAUGACGAGCUUGACUUCUUUGUGAAGGAUUGUUACGCAGAGCCAGGAGUUGGAGCUAAGGCUGAAGAGAAGUUACAGCUCAUUCAAGGAGGAUGUCCCACACCAGCUGUGGCACAGAAGUUGAUCCCGGGACCAAUUGAAGUACAGUCGUCUGCCGUGAAGGUGGCUCGCAUGCAAGCUUUCCGAUUCGAUUCCUCAAGUUCAAUUCGUGUCACCUGUGAACUGGAAAUUUGCAAGGGAGAUUGCACACCGGUUGAAUGUGGACUUACUGGAGGUCAGAAGCAAUCGUGGGGACGCAAGAAGAGAGAAUCGGAAAACUCCAUCACUGAAUAUGAAACUGCCCGGUAUAGAGUUCCAAAGCAUGCUCGAGCUACCACUUCCAUUGUUAUCAUCGACCCACUGCAACAAAUUCAAGAGCCAGUGAGCCUCGCUCGCGCUUCUACGCUCGACCUUUUCAGGGAAGAAGCUGAAGAUAUCGCUAUUGCUACAACCGGUCAGAUGUGCAUGGCAAAGCCGACGCUGAUAGCAGUAUUUGGAUUAUUGUUAACGCUCACAUCUGUACAAGCCAUAGUAGUAUUGCAGUACAUUGUACGACGAGUAUGCCGUUCGAAAAAAUUAUAAAAUUUGACAUGUUGUGAUAAUGUGAGCCUGCUCUGCCGCUAUCUUUCUAGUCUAGGCUAGCUGGUUGCUAGCCCAGAUGCUAAUAGCGCUGUUAGCAGUCUACGCACAAACAGCCAUUGUACUGUACCUGUAGCGCUUUCCUUAUAUGAAACAUCUCAACUCUAGAUCCACUCUUCUUUCAUCUUCUUGCCAGCUACUCAACAAGGUGCGAAUAUUAUUGUCUGCAUUAAUGCCUUCUUCAUUAUACGGUUAUACAUUUCCAUUCCUGUUGUGUUGCAUUGCGUGCUCCUAUGUUCUUUGCUCUUUUGUAAAUCUAAAGAGGAAUUUCUUUGGCAGAGUGCCAACAAAACACAUCCACAUAUCCUAUAAAUGCCAACGUGAUGACAAUCUGUCUUUUUGCUGUUCUUCCCCCUCAUACAGGUGUUUCUUAGGAUAUUGUGGUGUCACUUACUCAGUUUGUCGCCAACGUCUUGUUCAUUUUCUCUCUUUUGAGUAUAAUAAUU